AUGAUUCAUUCUGUCUUAAUUUUAUUGUUGGUUGUACAAACUGCGAUUUUUUCAGUUGAAUCAAACAAAAUAAAUUUAGUUGCCAAGAGAAAUAUUGAUGACAAUUCAACAUUAGCUGAAUGUGAUACAUGCUUAGCAGGGAUGAAUUUGGUUCACUACAUUCUUUCAGAAAAUUAUUGGGUAGAGAUUUAUAUGAUUGCAGCACAACAAUUAUGUCAGUCUAUUCCAUCAGAAAGUCUAAGAAACACUUGCCUGAAAUAUGUGAAUAAUUACCUUAAUAAUACUUUGAACAUACUGGCUACAGCAGUGAAUCCUGAUUACAUUUGCAAGGCAUUACAAGCUUGUACAAAUAAUACGAAUUCUUUAACUAAUCGAAACAUCGGAGAUAGUAUAUUGUGUGAAGAAUGUAAAUUUGUUUAUAGUAGAAUACAAAGUAUUUUUACUGAUCACACAGAAACUAAACAAAUGAAAUCUUCACUGAAAGUGAUAUGUUUACUUUAUGCUUCAGACGAAUCAAAAUGUAAUAAAGUUCUUCAAGAAUAUAUAGAUUAUGCGGUUACGUAUUUUCAACAACAUAGAGCAGAUCAAUCAUGUUAUGUACUUUGCUCUUUCCUAAAACUUUACAAACUCAUCUUCCAUUAAAUGGAUGUUACAUUUUAGGAUUAUAACUAUCAUAGCUUGAAUAUGAGUCGAUUUGGUUAUCAUUAUAAAAUUUAUCUCCUGUCAUUAUGCUAAUACGAAUAAGAAAACUUACACCAUAUCUCAUUCGUUCUAACUUUUCUAAUAACUGAUCAAUUACGUAAACAAAUAUUAUUUAUUUAAUAUCCAACUAUCAUAUAGAACAAUAUGAAUUUCAUUUAAGUAAACAGACGAUAAUAAACUUUUUUAAUAUCCUAUUGUAUUUCAAUUUCAGAUUAUUGAAAAUUACAGAAUUGAU